GAGCCACAAGCAGCGCCGCCGCCGCUUCUCUAUCCGUGCAGCGAUCCCCAUCUCUCUUCCGUGCCAGCCCGCCCUGCUCUCUCUCUAUCUCAACCCCUGUCCGGUUGAUGCCGCUUUCGCUCUCCCAGCCGCCGUCCAGCUGAUGCCUCCUCAUCUGCGCAUCUCCACGCCGGGCAUGAAAGCGUGUCGUUUCUGCUGCUGAGUAUCUGACCGGGAAAGCGCAGGGGAGGGUGCGGGACGGCAAUCGGAGUUAUGCCCGUACCAGAGCAAGCUUCUGACGCAGAAAAGACCACCAUGCUGAACCCGGUACUAAACAGCUCCAAUGGGGAUGCCACCGAGACAGAGACCACCUCUGCUAUCUUGGCUUCCGUGAAGGAGCAGGAGCUGCAGUUCGAGCGACUGACCCGUGAGCUGGAGGCGGAGCGGCACAUCGUGGCGAGCCAGCUGGAGCGAUGUAAGCUGGGCUCCGACGCCGGUGGCAGCAUGAGCAGCAUCAGUUCAGUGGAGGAGCCGUUUCGCUGGAAUACACAAGAGGAGAAAGACAUCGAGGAGGAGCUGACGACAGGAUUGGAGCUCGUGGACUCCUGCAUCAGGUCCCUUCAGGAGUCUGGGAUCCUCGACCCACCGGAAUAUUCCACAACUGACAGACCCGGCCUCCUGUCCCAGGGCGCACUGCAGCUCGAUGCCAAUCCGGAAGGUUCCUUCCAGUACUCCACCGGCUUCCAUAGCAACCAGACCCUGGCCCUGGGUGAGGCGGCAGCCCCCCAGCUCCCAACACGCGCUGGCCAAGUUGGGGGAGCAGUACACAGCUACAACCAGGUCACGUCCAACCGGGCGGCCCAGUUUGCCGCCGGCGAAGCCGCACAGUCACGGGACUCCUUUGCGCUGAGCCAUGGCGGCGCCUUCCACCUGGCAGACACACAGGCCACCCCCGGGGCCUACUACUCCUGCUCCACGCUGCCGGCGCAGCGUGUCAGCUCCCCCCUGUCCGUGCAGGCUGUGGGCUCCCCCAGCAAGCUGCAGCGGCUGGCGUCUGCUGGCGGGGAGCCAGGUUACGCUACCACCCAGCGUGUGUCCUCACCCAAACCGUCGCCUGCCAGGCUGGCCAAAUCCUACAGCACAAGCUCACCACCCGGGGUGGCCGCUGCCGCCACUUCCUCCGGACAUGCCGCCUCGCCGCUUCGUGUGGCCUCUCCGCCCAACGCCGCCAGCUCCUCCCCCAUACACCAGCUCGGCUACGCCACGCUGUCGCCCACCAAGCGCUUAGCUCACGGCCCUGAUCAGUACAAGGUCUCCCAUGACCUGUACGCCACUGCCACCCUACAAAGACCUGGCAGCCUUGCAGCCCAGUCCUCCCCCGCUGUUGACUCCGUCCCCUUGCAGCGCACAGGCAGCCAGAAUGCGGCGGGCACGUACCCCCGCCCCGGCUACAAUGCCGGCUCGGCAGCCAGCUACGGCGAUACGUACCGCACGCUGCAGUACUGCUCCUCUGUGGACUCCCCAUACAGCAAGUCGGGCCCAGCGCUGCCCCCGGAGGGGACAUUGGCGAGGUCACCGUCUGUCGACAGCAUCCAGAAAGACCCUAGGGAGUUUGGUUGGAGGGACCCCGAGCUGCCGGAGGUUAUUCAGAUGCUGCAGCACCAGUUCCCGUCAGUGCAGUCCAACGCUGCAGCCUACCUACAACACCUCUGCUUUGGGGACAAUAAGAUCAAGUCUGAGAUCCGGCGGCAGGGGGGCAUCCAGCUGCUGGUGGACCUGCUGGACCACCGGAUGAGUGAGGUGCACCGGAGUGCCUGCGGGGCGCUGCGCAACCUAGUCUACGGCAAGGCCAACGACGACAACAAAAUCGCCCUGAAGAACUGCGGUGGCAUCCCCGCGCUGGUGCGGCUGCUGCGCAAGACGGCGGACGUCGAGGUCCGCGAGCUCGUUACAGGCGUACUGUGGAAUCUGUCCUCGUGUGACGCCCUGAAGAUGCCCAUCAUCCAGGACGCACUGGCCGUGCUCACCAACACAGUGAUCAUCCCACAGUCAGCCUGGGACAGCUCGCCGCACCAGGAGGACCGAAAGCUGCAGCUGCACUCCUCGCAGGUGCUGCGCAAUGCCACGGGCUGCCUGAGGAACGUGAGCUCGGCGGGGGAGGAGGCCCGGCGGAGGAUGCGCGAGUGCGAAGGCCUGACUGACUCACUCCUCUACGUCAUCCAGAGCGCGCUGGGCAGCAGCGAGAUCGACAGCAAGACCAUAGAAAACUGUGUGUGCAUCUUGAGGAACCUGUCGUACCGCCUGGCAGCGGAGACCUCUCAGGGACAGCAGGCGGGCGCUGACGAGCUGGACGGCCUGCUGUGCGGAGAUGCCAACGGCAAGGACAGCGAGAGCUCGGGUUGCUGGGGAAAGAAGAAGAAGAAGAAGAAGCUGCAGGAUCAGUGGGAUGGCCUGGGCCCCCUCCCCGAGUCCACCGACCCCCCCAAAGGGAUCCAGAUGCUGUGGCACCCCUCCAUCGUUAAACCCUACCUCACACUGCUCUCGGAGUGCUCAAACCCGGACACACUGGAGGGCGCUGCGGGGGCGCUGCAGAACCUGGCCGCUGGGAGCUGGAAGGUAGGUCCUCAGUGGUCAGUGUACAUCCGUGUGGCAGUCCGGAAGGAGAAGGGCCUGCCCAUUCUGGUGGAGCUGCUGCGGAUAGACAACGACCGGGUCGUGUGCGCCGUGGCCACCGCCUUGAGGAACAUGGCGUUAGACGUGAGGAACAAAGAGUUAAUCGGAAAAUAUGCCAUGCGUGACCUGGUUCACCGGUUGCCAGGCAGCACCAGUACCAGCAGUGGGGGUUCUGCCUCCACGGCGGGCGGAACGGCGGGCAAGACCAUGUCGGACGACACCGUCACCGCCAUCUGCUGUGCCCUGCACGAGGUCAUCACCAAGAACAUGGAGAAUGCCAAAGCCUUGCGCGACGCCGGUGGCAUCGAGAAGCUCGUCGGCAUCGCCAGGAGCAAAGGGGACAAAUAUUCUCCCAAGGUGGUGAAAGCAGCGUCUCAGGUUCUGAGCAGCAUGUGGCAGUACCGAGAUCUGCGGGCCCUGUACAAGAAGGAUGGCUAUUCGCAGUAUCAUUUUGUGGGCUCUUCUUCAACAAUAGAAAGAGACAGACAAAGACCCUAUUCUUCCUCUCGUACUCCCUCUGUCUCCCCAGUCCGGACUUCCCCCAACAAUCGAUCAGCAAGUGCUCCAGCGUCUCCCCGGGAGGUGAUCAGCCUCAAGGAACGGAAGGCGGACCCCGAGUCGACCGCGACAAAUGCCGGUUUCCAUGGAAACAAAGCCGACCACACCUCCAGGAAAGACCCCGUGGCAGUUCAAAUCUCCAGUGGGACCUCGACACUCUUCCGGAAUUCAUUCGCAACUCCUAAUGAAGACGUGAAAAGCAGCACGGUCCCCGUCCAGCCUGUUCCUCAGGAGAGUGUCCGGAAGGACUAUGAGAUGUUCCCUCCAUUUCAAAACUCCACGAGGAACUUUGAGGAGUCGUUCUUUGAAGAUCAAGUGCACCACCGGCCCCCGCCCACCGCCACAGAUUUAAAUAUGCACCUGGGACUGAAGUCGACGGGCAAUUAUGUGGACUUCUACUCAGCAGCUCGUCCCUACAGUGAACUCAAUUACGAAACUAGUCACUACCCUGCCUCUCCAGACUCCUGGGUCUAGGGGCCAGCGUCCAAUCACGGCAGAGCACAGAAAUGGGGGGCGGGGUCGACCGUGCAUGUGCAUGCAUACCACGAGACAUUUUCAAGUCAGUUUAGUUCGUCAAAGCUCGUUCUGCGGAGAGAUCUGGGUAGGUUUCGAAGGAGAAGAGGUUGAUAGAGCAAGAGAGAGAGAGAUGGAAAAGAAGGGGAGAGAUAGACACUAAGAAAGAUUGCAUGAACGACGACAGACGGGCAGAGAGUCGUCUAGGAAGCGAAACUCUGGUCAUCAGCGUAACGGAAACGGAAAGCUGCUAGUCCUUAGAUUGUGGAGGAAGGAAAGGCAGAGUAAAUUGGUGGGACAGUAGAGACAUAAGGGGGUCAAGCAAGCACAAGAACAAAAGUUGUUUACAAGAGUGAAGGGAACAGCCUGUCACAUUUUAUCACUUUGCUGUGAAUCGAAGCUUCAGUCUGCACAUUAUGGAGCCGUUCCACAGAACUGGAGGCUCCAUCUAACCACCACCUCUUACUUUUUUCCAUUCUUUUUUUAAUUCUUACUUUUUUUAUCCUUUGUUGUAAAGUAUUUGAUAUACAUUACAGAGAUACAGGUGCAUUGUGUAUAUUACACGGACGCCACCCGCAUCUUUGGUGGCUCUUAUCAUCGUUCGACCGUCAAAUAUAAAAACGGGGGGGGGAGAACUUUGGAAAGAUUACCAACCUGUCCUGUUCCAGUGUUCUAACAUCAAGGGAGACAAAGCUAACAGUACUGCUUGUUCUGACAAUAUGAAUUUGUUUGUGGCUGAUAUACUGACAUCGCAAACCGUUUGAGAGUUAAAUCGGGACACCUUUCCAUACUCGUCAAGAAAAUGCCUUUUCACUGCCUAAAAGGGGGAAAAAUAGAUGUAGAUAUUUGAUUUUUAUUUUUUUUCGUUUAUGAUCAAAUGUCAAAAAUAAAUACAACUUUGUCAUCCACAUUUGCAUAAAUCCUGUCUAUUCAUAACUGUGCUUAUAUAAAAAAAAAUACUGAUACUGUGCCAAUUUGUAAUUUCCAGUUUAAACCUGGGGGUAAUUUGGAACUUUAGGUGAAGUUUACAUUCUGACUAGUUAUCCGUUAUCUCCUGAUGCCAGUUAGUUAAUGUUUUUAGUUUCUAAAUGUGUUUUAAUGGAAUUAAGCUACAGCUAGCGUAUAUUGGAAUGACACCAGGAGGGCAAAAUCUUUGUGAGCUUAAUUCCCUCCAAAGAUGUACAAAUCCAUCUCCUAAGUGUUUAUUCACUGUCUCAUGUCGGUCACUGUCUGAGAACGGCAUCUUUUUACAGACUGACAGUAUCUAGUUGGAAUUUCCAUUAUCAAAUGAAAUACAUCUUAGGCUAAAGUGUUAAUAGAGAAUGAUAAAUAUAUAUAAAUAAAUAUGUAUAAUUUUUAUGUGCAAAAGUCAGUGUCACUAACAUGAAGCAAGAAGAUUAAAAAAAAAAAAAAAAAAACGAUAUGAUCUUGUUCACUUUUAAUGUUCUGAUCCCAAAACAACACUUGAAGAUAUUGACCUCCUGGUCUGAGUUACGUUGUUUCCAAGUUCUAUAUAGAGUAUCAUUAUAAAACCUUGGUGAUGUUGCGAUGCCAGGAAAAUAAAAUAAACCUCUGUUCAUAAGACUGAUAUCAACACUAACCUGAGUUCGCCGUUGGGAGCCAGCAAACAAUCUGUUGACAUGGACUUCAUACCUGAUCGCCUGUAUUGCUGAUGUAUGUUAAUUUUUUUUGUUUGUUUGUUUUGUUGUUGCUUCAGACCAGGUGUUUUGAGAAAGUGUUUUUAUUGCCUCAGCAAUUUGCAACUGCUAUAAACUGACCAUCUAAAACUCACUGUUUUGGAUGGUUUCUUCAAUGA